AUGGGGGAUUCGAUGGAAGGGACGUUCAAUUCGUCCUUUGAGGCUAAGCAGCCCUUUCCACCGCUGCUGCCUGAAGAUAUCACCUCACCAGAUGAGCCCCAAGAAAGCUAUGAAGACGAGAAUGUUACCUCCCCCGGCUACGAGGAGAUCGAGGUGGAGGACGACGCAGAUUUCCAGUCGCAUUAUUCGCUAGAGCAUCAAUCAUUUUCAGACUCUGACUCCGAUGACUCUUCAGAGGGCAUUGAUCGACAACAUCCAUUUCGCCAAUCUUCCAGCUCGCUCCAUGGCCCCAAUGCGUUUGCGCCGCCGUUCUACAACCGUCCACCCACCCCUCUACCGCCCUCGCCCUCUCUCACUUCUCUCCUCCGACCCCCCUUCUCAACUACUACAUCGCGCCCAACUACACCAGACAGCUCUGAUGUAGAAACGCCCAAUGAUACCGAGGCGGCAGUCGCCAAGUCCGCUCGCCGCGCAACUACCGUUCCGCGCGCAAGUCCAAAGGUGCCGACAUACGAAUACUAUGGCUUCGUUCUAUACCUCGCCUCAUCAUUGGCUUUUUUGUUCUAUCUCCUAUGGUCCUACCUUCCGUCCCCAUUUCUCCAUCAGCUCGGCAUCUACUACUACCCAAACCGCUGGUGGUCGCUAGCUAUCCCCGCAUGGCUAGUCAUGUUACUUAUCUACAUAUACGUCGCGCUUGCGACGUACAACACGGGUUACCUCACAUUGCCCAUGCACAGUAUCGAGAAUAUUGUGGAUGAGGUCGCCAACGUAUCCGUGAUUGAUGGAAAGGCACGAAGACGGCCAGGCGGCGCGACCAAAAUGAAACCAGGCGCGACCUCCUACCAAAUCAUGGGCCCGCAAAAUCGCAAGGUCAAUUGGCGGGAGAUCUGGAGUGAGGGAACAGACGCGGUCAUGGAUGUGCCGGUUGGAGGCGUAUGUGAAGUUUUGUACGGCCAGAAUAGAGAAGAAGACUUUGAUGAUGUCGUGACCGGCCCAUAA